UUUUAGACGAUUCAGUUCAAAGUUAACUAAUAACAAACAGUGGAUAAAAGAAAGGAGUCAUGAAUCAUAUGCAAAAAAUUAUUCAAUUGUUUAUCCUCAUGAUGAACCAUUAGCAUCUCGUAAUAUGAGAAAAGAUCCAUUUCAUGAGGAAUUAUUAAAUAAUGGAUGCAUAUUUCAAGAAAGACUUGGAUGGGAAAGACCAGGUUGGUUUACAAGAGAGAGUGUAGCUCCAUUAAAGAAAUAUGAUUAUUAUGGAAGUUAUGGAAAUAAAAGGCAUGAAAAUUAUGCCUAUGAAGAGAAAUUAAGGCAAGAUUAUGCAUUUGUAUUCCCAAAACAUCAUGAUGAUAUUGGCAAUGAAUGUCUUGGUUGUAGAGAAAAUGUGGCUGUAUUUAACAUGUCUUACUUUGGAAAAUUUUAUUUAAUGGGACCAGAUGCACAGAAAGCAGCAGAUUGGAUAUUUACAUAAUUCUCCCAUUUUCACUGAGUGUAGUGCCAUUUAUGAUAAAAACUGAUACCACCAUCUUGUGGCCCCCUUGAAGUCUAAUAAUUCUUUUUGCAAGCUACAUAUUUUUCCAAGUUAUUUCAGUGGAUUGAUAAAAAUGGAUCACUCUGUACGUAUAUAUGUUUGAAAUU